AUGGUGUUCCAACUGAAUUGGAGAAAGAAGGACGCAGCAAAAGAGGACGCCACAGGCCAACAUGACACGCACAGUGUUGCUUCCUCAUCAUCGGCAGCAGGCCGAUCUCGCAGCCUUAGUGCUCCCACUUCCUAUGAAUCGAUAGAUUCGAAAGAACACAGACUCCGAAUAAUAUUCAACAUGUUUGAUAGUAAUGAAGACGGAAAACUCACUGCUGAGGAAGUUAAGGACUUUCUCUCCUCCGUCUAUGAUAAAAAGUAUAUUGAAACGAUUUCUAGGAAUUGGAACCUGGGAAAAGGCCUCACAUUUCAAGAAUUCCUCGAAAUCUGCGGACAAAAUGAAUCAAGCGAGAAAGAUACUGAACAAAUUGAAACAAACAAUACAUUUUGGAAGUUCAAACCAUUCAAUUUAUUGAGAAGGAGACGAAAAGGCCUUAGUCAAGAAUAUGACGAAAAUGAGCUCAAAAGGGCAUUUGAGGAAGUGUUUGACACGAACCGAGAUGGUGUCCUUACAAAGAAUGAAUUUAAGAAGGUGUUGAAAAAUCUGAGAAUUGGAGAAGCUUUCUCAGAUGAAGAAAUUGAGCACCUUUUUGAGUCGGUAGUUUCCAAGUCAGCAGGUGUUCUUAAAUUUGAAAACUUUUUAGAGCUUCUCAAAGAUAAAAUAUAA